AUGGGCUCGAACCUCACUCUGUACUGUAACGUGGAGAACUGCCCACACCAGACAGAUGUAUAUUUAGAAAUUGCUCAUGAAAAAGAAAGAGUGUUGCCGUUUAAGUUCAUCAACUGCACGGCCAUUUUCUCACUGACCAAUGUCCGAGAGCCACUGUUUAAUGUCUUCUGCAAGAUGCAACAUCCUGGCACCGAUUACUAUGUCACCGGGAUAACUCUACAAAGUGGCUUGCCACCAGGUAAACCCUUCAACAUCAGCUGUGAAACAACAAGAAGUGCCGAGUUUGUUGACUGCAAAUGGGAAAAAAGAAAGAACACGCAUGUUCCCACUACAUACAACAUUUCAGUCAACAUAGAAAACGGUUCUUUGAUUUACUCUCUCACUAUGCAAGAGGACAAAGCUUUCUCAAUACCUCCAAACAUAUUUGGCGAUAAUCUCACUUAUCUGAUGACUGUUUUUGCCCACAACCACUUUGGACAGUCUCGUUCGGAUCCACUGAUCUUCACCCUCAGUGAUAUUGUGAUCCCUGAAAGGCCUAACAUUACACAAAUAGACUUUAAGAAUGGCACUUUGGUGGCUGUGUUGGGAUGGGAAACCACGGAACCAUCCACAGAUCUAGAGCCAUUCAUCAGAGUUCAGACAGCUAACAAGAUCCAGAUUGAGGCAAAUGUACUGAACAUUGGAAAUGGUUUUGCUCAAAUCAGCGGAUUACGUGCUCUAACAAACUACGAGUUUCAAGUUAAAAUAUGCAGAAAGAAAUUUCAUCAACAUGAUGAUAAUUCACCCACUUUAAGGAAACGGGUUUGCAGCAAAUGGAGCCAAUCUUUUCUGACACAAACUCCUGGCAAAGGACCUUCACAGGCGCUGCAUGUUUGGAGGGAUUCAGUGAUCACAAUGAAAGACGUGGUGACUGUGGUGUGGGAGCCUCUUCCUUCACACGACUACAGUGGUGCGGUCUGUGGAUAUGAGGUUUUUCUGGGCGAUGGACAAAAACAGAACCAUAACUGUUGCUCGGCGACAGUGCCUUUGCUACAACCAAUCAGUGUCACUGCUGUUACUUCAUAUGGGACGUCCCCGCCUGCUACUGUCCCCCUCACACAGUCAGAUUCACCGGGGCCAGUUUUGAGAGCUGUGACUCCGUGGGUAAACGGCAGCGCUGUGACUGUGUCCUGGACUGAGCAGAGGCAGAACCUGCUGAGUUAUGUCACAGAGUGGACCACACUUCCUCCGACUGCACUGCACUGGAAAACUGUGUCCAAAGAGCUCACAGCCACAACUAUAACAGGUCUGAUGCCAGGGAUACGGUACAAUAUCUCUGUCUAUGCAGUGACCACAAACGGCGUCACUGCUCCAUCGUCUUCUGUUGUCUACUCCAAAGAACUACAGCCGCAGGGUGGUCCAGAUGUGCAAGUGCUGGAGCACGAGACCAACAGGGUCCUGGUGAAGUGGGACGAGCUGCCACUGGAGAAAAGGAGAGGCUUCAUCACGUCUUACACCAUUUACUAUCAUGUGUUGGACUCCAGCAGCCCCCAGCUCAAUGUGUCUGUGCCCGCCUCAAUGCCCAGGCAGCGCUGGUUGGACUGCCCAGAGGGGACCCUGGCUCUGCAGAUGUCUGCCUCCACUGCAGCCGGAGAGGGCCCACGGGACAGGCUCAUCUCCUCCCACCCCCCCACUCCUGCAGUCAACUCUGUGAUUGUCAUCAUCUUCAUCAUCACCUUCUUCAUUGCCAUCAUAGCAAACCUUAUGUGCUGGAAAUGUGUGCGGAAAAGGAUCAAACAGCAGUGCAUUGCAUGGAGCCCACAGUGGCUCGGGGACAAUCUUCCAAAACUAAAAAACAGCAACGCAAUCAAACUUUUGGAGUUGGACAAGAGCGAGCCAUCAUUAUUCUCCUUGUACAGCGACCCGCCAUUGUCUCCCAUCACUUGUCUGUCCCAUGACGAGCUGUACCCCUCGGUCCAUGAAGAGAUCGGACCACUGCACAUUGGCGCCACAGCACCAGAAUCUACAAAUGACACGUACAAUUCAAGCGUUACACUGGAUCACUGCAGCUACAAGCCACAAACAGCUGCCUUCUGCUUCCUCAUGUGGUGUUAA